GCUGGUCUCAAGGGCAGCAGGGCAGUGCUCAGCCAGAGCUCUGGGUGCACGAUCUCUGGUCCCAGCGGGAGGACCCUAAACCACCAUGAGCUUGGCUAGGAGAGUCCUAAGUCACCUGGCUUUACUCAGGGUCCAAAUGCACAGGUGUGUGGAUUAUUUCUGUAAUAAGACGGGAAAUCAACGAGAAGAAGCAUAGGUGGAGGCAGCCCAAGGAGAGAUGGAGGGCGCACUCAUCGAGGACAUCGUGGAAUACCUGGAUGUUCGCAUUCAAGAGAACCUUCCAAUCCCGUUCCUUACGCAGCAGGUCCUGGCUCUGGGGCGGCGUUCCUGCUGGAGGACAGGACUUCGAAGAUUCCAUCGAUAUCCUGCAAGGCAGAAUGCACCAACUUGUCGACAACUUCUGUGAAACCCUUCUAUGGAAAUCUAAAGAUGAGGUCUGCUCGGAUCUUACUGAAUUGGAGAGCACAUGCAGCGCAGAUGUGGCUGACGCUGUGGAUGCUCAAGUUAACAACAACUCCGGAGUCCCACGUAACCUGGAUUCUCUCAGGGCCCAAAUUCACAGCCGUGUGGAUUAUUUCUGUGAUAUGAUGGGAGAUCAACCAGAGAAAGCACAGAUGGAGGCAGCCCUAGCCGAGAUGGAGGAGGCACUCAUGAGGGACAUCCUUGAAUUCGUUGAAGAUUCCAUUCAAGAGAACCUUCCAGAAUCCAGUCCCUUGCUUUGUGAAACACAGCAAGAGUUUCGUCGCAGAGUCUGUGAGCCCUCCGGCUCCUACAGUCCCCCAUCUGGCUCCUACAGUCCCCCAGGCCCGAACCAGCCCUUUGACUCCUCCACUUCAAGGAGUUGGUACGACUGGAUACUUGAGCGAUUUUAUUAUUUUAAUUUUUUUUAGUUUUACUAAUUUAUUGCUGCCAACCCCUCUCCCUCCACCCUCGUGCACACAUGCUCAGUCAUAUAACCCCAUGGACUGCAGCCCGCCAGGCUCCUCUGUCCAUGGACGUUUCCAGGCAAGAGUACUGGAGUGGGCUGCCAUUUCCUUCUUCAAGUGGGUUGCCAUUUUCUUCUCCAUACUUGAGCGAUUUAAAGAGCUCCUGCAGUGACUGCAGCAGACGUUUCGGAAAGCCCUGAACUGGAUUAAGCGGAUAGCAGCUGCCUGCCUACCAGGCUUGCGCAAAGCGGCUGAGGCCAUCUGGAGAGUGUUAAAGGGUUUUUGUUCCUCUCUGGAGCAGUUCUUCAAGAGCCUCAUCCAGGUCUAGAAGCCCCAAGGGGUCCCCAGGGAGCUUGGCCUCAUCUAGAAGCCUCGAUUUUCCCUUCUCACAGGGCAUCCUCUGAUGCACCCUUUACCCUCCUGCUCAGCCUUGACCCAUCCUCACAGGCUGCCUCACCUCCUCCCCUUUAGGGAGGAGUGCUGCCUCACCUCCUCCCCUUCAGGGAGGGCCCCACCCAGCCCGUCUAACUCUCCCCGCCUGGAUUCUCCUGCACCAGGUCUGACCUGCCUGCCACUGUAGUGCUGACGUCCUAAUAAAAGUCAGUUGACCGAAA